UGACAGUUUAUCUUCAUUUAUUUUAAACAUGUGCGUAGCUCCUCAGGCCCCAACUGCAGGGCCACAGGGGGAGCAGGACGGCACAGGAAACUGGAGGGGGAUGCUGAAGAAAGGAGAGGAAGCCCCCGGCUCCGGACCCGGCAGCCCCCUGAAAGGAGCCGUCAACCUGCUUGACGUGCCUGUGCCGGUCGCCAGGAAGCUGUCGUCACGUGAGCAGCGGGACUGUGAGGUCAUCGAGCGCCUCAUCAAAUCGUACUUCCUCAUCGUUCGCAAAAACAUCCAGGACAG